GACCCCGCGGUGGCCGGGGCGCGCCGGCCGGGAUACACCUGUGCCCGGCGGCGGCGGCGUUUCCCCGCUGCCCUCCCCCGCGCCCGAGCCCGGGCAGGUGAAGGGCCUGGCCCCGCCCCCGAGCCGGGGCUGGGCCACCUGGCGCGUCCCGGCUGCUGCAGCCGCGUCCCGGGGCUCGGAACCUCCCCCAGCCAGGUUUGGAAAAGGACAUCAGAUGGCCAUGGAAUAGCCAAAGAACGUAAGGCCCUGAAAUGCACAUAGCUCUAACUUAGCGGGGACUUUGGAAACAUCCCUGAAGAUGAGGCUAUUCCGGCGAAAUUAUGGCCCAUUGAAGCUGGCUUUGGUGGGUGUGGUCUUUGUGAUCUUCCUCUUCAUAAUACAGAAGGAUGUCGGGAAUGGGGACCACACCGAGGAGCCCUGGCUGAAAAACAUUGUCGAGAGGAAAGACCAAGUGAUUGACAUGAUGAUGGGGGCAGUAAAUAACAUUCGCGACUCGAUGCCAAAGCUACAGAUCCGGGCUCCGGCUCAGCAAGAGGAACCUUUGCAGAGCAGCAAGUCCUGCCUUCCAGGUUACUAUACCCCAGCUGAACUGAAACCACUGAUGGAACGACCACCCCAAGACCCCAACAGCCCAGGAGCCGAGGGCAAAGCUUUUAAAAAGGACCAGUGGACACCGCAGGAGACUAAGGAGAAGGAGCGCGGCUAUGAGAAGCACUGUUUCAACGCCUUUGCCAGCGACCAGAUCUCUCUCCAAAGGGCGCUGGGACCUGACAGCCGACCUCCAGAGUGCAUUGAUCAGAAGUUCAAGCGCUGCCCGCCAUUGCCCACCACCAGUGUCAUCAUAGUGUUUCAUAAUGAGGCCUGGUCCACCUUGCUCCGCACUGUGUACAGCGUCCUGCACUCCUCCCCUGCCAUCUUACUGAAGGAGAUCAUUUUGGUGGACGACGCCAGCACAGAUGACUAUUUAAAAGACCAACUGGAUCUCUACGUGAAGCAGCUGCAGAUAGUGAGAGUUGUGCGGCAGCAGGAGAGGAAAGGGUUAAUAACCGCACGACUACUCGGCGCUGGGGUCGCAAGCGGAGAGGUGCUCACUUUCCUGGAUGCUCACUGCGAGUGUUUCCACGGCUGGCUGGAGCCUCUCUUAUCCCGGAUUGCAGAGGAACCCACUGCCGUGGUGAGUCCAGACAUCACCACCAUCGACCUGAAUACCUUUGAGUUUUCCAAGCCAAUCCAAUAUGGGAAGCAACACAGUCGGGGAAAUUUUGACUGGAGUUUGACCUUUGGGUGGGAGGCCAUUCCUCCUAAGGAGAAGCAGAGAAGAAAAGAUGAGACCACCCCUAUCAAUGAGAUGGUUUGGCAGUGUGGUGGUCAGCUGGAGAUCAUCCCCUGCUCGGUGGUUGGGCACGUGUUCCGCUCCAAAAGUCCACACACCUUCCCAAAAGGAACUCAGGUCAUCUCCAGGAACCAAGUGCGCCUGGCGGAGGUCUGGAUGGACGACUAUAAGGAAAUAUUCUACAGAAGAAACCAGCAGGCCUUGAAGAUGGCCAAAGAGAAAACAUACGGCGACGUUACAGAACGGCUCAAACUGAAGGAGCAACUGCACUGUAAAAACUUCACCUGGUAUCUACAAACUGUCUAUCCAGAGAUCUUCAUCCCAGACUUGACCCCAACCUUCUACGGAGCAAUUAAAAAUGAAGGGUCAAAGAAUUGCCUGGAUGUUGGCGAGAACAAUCAUGGAGGGAAGCCGUUGAUCAUGUACCCAUGCCAUGGAAUGGGCGGCAAUCAGUAUUUUGAAUACACGUCCCAGAAGGACCUGCGGCACAACAUCGGCAAGCAGCUCUGCCUCCGAUCUGGCUUUGGGCCGGUGGAGCUGGGAGACUGUCACUUCACAGGAAAAAACACACGUGUUCCAGGAAAUGAAGAAUGGGAACUGACCCACGAUCGUCUGAUUAAAAACGUGGCCUCUAACAUGUGUUUGUCGGCAAGAGAUGAGCAUCCAUCUAUGACUUCCUGUAACCCCUCGGAUUCUUAUCAGCAGUGGUUCUUUACCCAAGACAUAUAGUGAAGACAAAACCAGUGUCAGCAAGAAAUGUGCCAGCCCAUCUCACUUGGAGACCUUGAUUCCAAACUGCACUCAGGAAAACAGAAGCUAAGACUCUCUCCUUUUAUUUAAAGAAAGCUAACGUCUUAAAUAUGCUGCAUUUCACAGUUGCCUUUAAUUCUACUCUGUGCCUUUGGGAUAAGACUGUAAUACAUGGAGAUUUUUGUACCACUUUUUCUAAGAGACUAAGCAAACUUCUUGUUUGCAGCCUACAUGAGUGUCAUAUUGUAACAUAUCCAAAGAUAAAUAACAUGGGACCAACGAUGUCGAUAAUUGCAUGAAUGAUCAAUCCCACUUCCUAAACCCCGGAAAAUUGGACCACAACCAGUCAGAAUGCAAGGGAUGAGACUGAAUUCAACACCUGUCCCAAAGAAGGAGUGCCAGCCGGCCUUUGAAUAUGUCUCAUGCCAAAGAUAGUACCCGGUGUCCUCUAGUUAUCACAUAGGCUUGCAUGCAAAGGCAGAUCAGGACGCUGCAAGAAGAAAUUGCAGUGUCACGGUCAGGAGAGCAUAUUCAUGCUCUCUAGCACAGGCUCUUGUUCAAUGAGAUUUUUAACCUUGAAGAAAGAGAUAGGUGUGUGCAUUUAAAACAUAACAUCAGGGUGCACUGUUGUGUGAAAUCCCAGCCUGUUGCACCGAAUGAAACCUGUGUGUUACCUUGCCAGCACAAGGCGAUAGUAGUACUAAUUGUGUUGCAAAUAAAAAGGACUUUCUGUGCUGUUAAUCCCCCAAAGGAGAGAUGAAUCGUCAUUUACUUGGCCCACGCAGGGAAGUGGCCUGGUGAUGGUCCUGCUGAGCAUAGACUAGCAGGGGCAAGCCUGAUAUGGUGGCAGUAUUGCUUGAGAGACGGGUACUCUAUGAGCCUGCGAGAUCAUGUUGGUGGUUGGAAUGAAGAUUAUGGAAUAGCAUGCAGGGUAUGGGAGGAUUUUUUUUUUUUUUUAUUUUUAUUUUUAAAUCACUGGAUCAGUGCACAUGCAACACAGAUCCUGAGAUCCAGCAAGCUCAUGGCUUUUGAUUUCCUUGUGCAAUGAAGUAAUACUACCAUCUUUAACUUAGAGUGUGUGCCAGUCGGGGGAAACAGGUAGUGCCACUUUUAUCCUGGGCUGUCUGCUUCACUUUCGUGCUUGGGUUCUGGUACUUUAUAAAAAUCUGCAUCCAAGUAACACCUCUGAUGACUCAUCCCCACCCAUAGACAGUUUAAAUUAAGUACGCAAGCAGAGUAACUGGUUUUUACAGGAUAUGCUGAUGCAAAUCCAGGAUGUUUGCACUCUUCAGUAAAGAAAUCCCCCUCUGCCCCCUCUCUUCUCUCCCCCCCCCCCCACCACCACCACACACACACACAGAUUCUGGAGGGCUUAGUUUAAACUCUGAUUCUGAUCCCCCGUAUCCCGUACUAAACUGUGCGGCUCGUUUCUCUACCAUUUUAGCAUUUUGUGGAAAGAUGGCCUAGUAGGAGAGUGAAUGUAAGCCCUUUUUUGAGACUUGAAUACUGUAGUUUACGUUAGUUUCUAAGCGAUUCCAUUUCAUUUUAAUUGAAAAAUCUUCCUGGAAAUGGGGGAGACGACCUACCUUUGGACAUGUGACCUGAACCUAAAAUAAAGAGAUGUUCUAUUUUACAAAA